UAUUUCUAUCAUUUACUAUUCCUUAUUAUUAUUAGGAAAAAAUAAAAAUAAAUGGUUCACCUGAAAGUGUCCAUGUGUUCUCAAUAGACUCCAUUCUUCAGGAGUAGUUCUCCCUCUCCUGUUGGGGUGUGUUAGCUGCCACCCUAAGUAGUAGAGCAAUUAGGAGCAUCUCCCUUACCUGUUUUCUAAAUUUUCUAACAUCCCUUGAAAUCACCUGCCAGACCAGUUUAAAUGACCUUUAUUGGUAGUUUUCACUUACCUCAUUCCAAUCUUGUGGACUUUUUUUUUAUAAAAAAAAAACCACCCACAACCCUAAUUAACACUAUUAACAACCCAUACAUGCAGUAACAGGGUAUUGCAUCAUACCAUAUAUAAAGCAAACAAACAAUAAAUAGUAAGAGAAAGAAAUGAUGACACAUCAAUAUAAAUCAAGACAUCUAUAUUUCACAAGCUAGUGUGGAUGGUAAAUGUUGAGCAUCUAAAUCCAAAGCAUAGGAAAUAAAAUCCCACCAGAAGUAAUAAAAAGCCUCCUGAAUCCUCCAACCCACUGGAAACACAGAAUUAAUGUGCAAUUUUUUCCACAAUGACUUCCACAAGUUCUUAUGCCACACAGGGAAAUGCAGAUCUUUCAAGGUUUUCCUUUGCUAGGCUAUUGAAACCCGAGCUGUAGCUAACAUGCAUGUCAAAAGCUCUUUAGAGUGACAAGCUUUCAUCUCGUAACUGUUUGAAAAUAAUGUUUUCAUUUUACAGAUAUAAAGGAAGCUAAGGAGGAGCAGGUACAAAAGCAUGUCAGGGGAUGUGGCCUGAACAUAACUUCCCCCCUCAUCUUCCUCUGAGCUGUGACCACCCUCAAACCCCUGUUGUAAAUCUGAAUCGUCUUCUUUUCUGGAAGUGUCAGGCUGCGGAGGCGAUCUCCACAAUUUCUCCUUUGCCCGGUCCCUGACAUUGGGUUAGUUUUUAUAUGCUGGUUAAUAUACAUGUCCCUAAUGACAUGGUAUGCUUUUUAAUCAUUUUUUUCACAUUCUUUCACUAAUGAACUUAGGAUACAUAGUUAUUUGCUUCACCCUGUUUUUUAAAUCUUCAUAACAAUCUUUCAUAGCAAUUUUUCCAUUGUUGUUGUUGUUGUUGUUAGAAAGCGGAAGUGGCCAAUGAGCUAGUCAGCAAAUCACGUGUAGCAUCCAACAUAGGUUUAUCUGGAGAUCAAAGGAGGUGCCUAGUUCUCAUAAAAGCAUCUCACAUGACGAAUCAACAUUCUUUGAAGCAAGCGUUACAAGCAUGGAAGCCAAAGGCUGCAGCUCCAAGGGGAUGACGACAGAUUUCCCUGUUCAAAGUGUUCUGGUGACAGGAUCCAAUUCGGGAAUUGGCCUGGGUCUGGUGAAGCAGUUUCUGAGGCUGCCAACUCCACCUCAGUGGGUCUUUGCUACUACCCUAGACCUGGAUGGACCAAAAAGCAAGGAAAUAAAGGAGUUGGCACGCCAACAUCAGAAUCUGGUGGUGCUGCAGCUGGAUGUCACUGACCUCCAGAGCAUCAAAGCAGCUGUGGAACAAGUGCAAAAGUGUGUUGGAGAAUGUGGUUUGAACCUCUUGAUGAACAAUGCUGGUGUUAUUUCUGGAAAUGACCUGGAUAAAGAAAAUGCAAAGGACAUGCAAGAUGUAUAUGCCGUCAAUACUAUUGGGCCACUUCAGGUGAGCCAGGCAUUUCUGCCCCUGCUGAAGAUGGCAGCUCAGAGAUAUCCCCUGGAAGGGCUGAGCUGCGGCAAGGCAGCCAUUAUCAAUACAUCCAGUGCUGCAGGCUCCAUGGAAGUUAUGCUGCUAUGGCAUAUAAAGAUGCUUAUUGCUUAUCGCUGCAGUAAGGCUGCUUUAAACAUGCUCACCAAAUGCCAGUCACUCGUAUAUCCAGCUUAUGGGAUUCUGUGUGUUUGCAUCCAUCCUGGCUAUGUAAAAACUCAAGGCAUGAACGAGGCGGACCUGACUGUGGAAGAGAGUACACGAGGAAUAAUUAAUGUUCUCUCCACACUUUCUGAGGUGGAUAACGGUACCUUAGUGGACUGGGAAGGACGCAGAGUACCCUGGUGAGGGAUUUGUUUCACGAUGCCAGGGGAUUUACCACUCUAGCAUUCUGCCUAGAGUGUAUCCAAUAAACCAUCUAGGUUUUUAAGGGGAAAA